GUUGAUGCUGCCAUGGCUGCCCGUCCUCAUGUCAUCGAUGGAAAGACUGUUGAUCCUAAACGUGCUGUUCCCCGAGAUGACAAAAAUCGUAAUGAGUCAAACGUCUCCACCAAGCGGUUAUACGUUAGUGGAGUUCGUGAAGACCAUACAGAGGAGAUGUUUACUGAAUACUUCAGCAAAUUUGGAAAUGUUGUGAAAUCCGAGAUCAUUCUUGAUAAAGUGAGCAACAAACCUCGUGGGUUUGGGUUUGUCACUUUUGAUGAUUACGAUCCGGUUGAUCAGUGCGUCUUGCUCCGAAGCCACAUGAUCAAUGGAUUCCGAUGUGACGUUAAGAAGGGUCUAUCAAAGGACGAGAUGAACAAAGUGGCCCAAAGUAAUCGUGAUCGCAUGGACAGAAUGGGUCGAUCUCGUGGAGAUCAACGUGGUGGAUAUGGAGGCCCCGGAGGAGGCUGGGGUGGACAACAAGGUGGACAGGGUCAACGUGGAGGUUGGGGACAACAAGGUUAUGGCCAGCAGGGAUAUGGUGGUCCCCAAGGUGGUUACGGGCAGCAAGGCGGCUAUGGAGGAUAUGGUCAGCAACAAGGUUGGGGCGAUCAGUCGGGAUGGGGGCAGCAAUCGGGAGGAGGUGGCUGGGGUGGUCAAGGCGGAGGCUGGGGUCAACAGUCAGGUGGAUGGGGAGCUGGCCAACCCUCUGGACAGCAACAAUGGGCCAAUGCUCAAGGGGGUGGCAGAUACUAG